AUGAAGUUUGGAAGCAACUUGCCCAGGAAUCAGGUGCCAGAGUGGGCGUCGUCGUACAUCGACUACAAGGCCCUGAAAAAGCUUAUCAAGGCGGCGGCGAAGGAAUGUGAGACGAGCGGACAGGAGCCUGACUUGGCUGAAUUCUUCUACACCUUGGACCGCCAGUUAGAGGACGUCGACACCUUCUACAAUCGCAAGUAUGCCGACUUUUCGCGCCGACUCCGCCUUUUGUUCGAUCGCUAUGGCAUGGCUUCAAAGCUCAAGGAUGGAAUGGAUCAGAGCGACAUGGAGGAUCUAAUGGGCACACUGCUGGAGCUCAGAGGACAAUACCGCCAUCUGCAAUGGUACGGCGAUGUCAAUAAGAGAGGCUUCGUGAAGAUCACAAAGAAGUUGGAUAAGAAGAUUCCCUCGUCAACAACACAGAGCAGAUACUUGGCGACCAAGGUGGACCCCAAAGCAUUCGCGACCAACAACAAGUUGACCAUGGACAUGCGGGCUAUCAACGAGUGGCUCUCUAAUCUGGGUGAUGUCAAGGUGACAGACGACUCCAGCUCGAUCCACUCGGGAAGCUCAGGAUCAAUACACCGCAUGGGCUCCAGGACAAUGCUGAAGCUUCCCAAUGCCGCGUUGGAAGCUAUGGAGCAUGCCGCUCGUGAGGACGAUCCAGACAAGCUUUUCGAACUGGUCUCCUCUGCCACUUCCACAGCCAGUGAGAAGGCGCAACAGAGUCUACUGCUUGAUUUACUUCAGCGUGCGAUAACCUGCAAGUCCCUGAAGUGUAUUCAAGCGAUCAUCAAGCGAGUGCCCAGCAUUGACCGCGGUGAUGAUAUGAACAAGCGUAAUUGCUUGCACAAACUCAUAAUCGCUAUUGGCCGUGCAAGAGCCUCGCAAAAUGCCGGUGGAUUUGAGCAGAUCUCCAAAGCAACCGCUUUCAUUAAUGCAGCCGAGCCUCCGACGCGAGUACCCGGCGCUUUCAAGGUCGAAGAGCGUGAUCCAGAGCGUGAGCCAUUCGAGGACAGCCAUACUGAAUCCCUCCUGGAGGUCAUCCUAAGCUAUCUUGGCGAGAGUCAGCGUCAAGCGAUCGUCAGCAGGGACAUAUACGGGCGCAUGCCUUUGCACUAUGCUGCCCAAUAUGGACYCGUCUUUGCCAGCGAGAUGCUCAUGGGGCGUAUGCAGGAUUGGCAUCUCGCCGACCACUCUGAAGGUAUAGACUCCGCAGUGUGGCAAGAUCUCGAGGGCUUCGCUCCUCUGCAUCUUGCAGUCAUCGGAGGCCACUAUCGUACCUCAAAGGCCCUGCUUCUCGUCGACGACUGGCACAACUUUACCGACCACAGGCUCACCAGCAAGCAUGUUGAGAAGAGUGGACUCUCCCUUGCGCUGGCGACGAAGUCGAACUUCCACAAGAUUGUGAAACUGCUCGUCGAUGCUGGCGUAGAUGUCAACUUUCAGGACGAGCAGGGCGAAACCGCGCUUCACAUUGCUGCUAGAUUUGGCCAUGAGGACUGCGCUCGAGCCUUGCUGGCACCUGUUAAUGGCGAACGUCUGGUCAACGUGGAGAUUACGGAKAAGUCCUACAGUUGGACGCCACUGUUCAUCGCGUCGGUGAACGGCCAUAUGCCGAUUGUGAAGCUCCUCAUCAACGCAGGAGCACAGAUCAGCAAACUGGACUCUUCGCAGUGGACACCACAGGAGCAUGCCGCACUGCGAGGUCACAUGGAAAUUGCGAAGUUCCUCUCUCAGUUCACGCCACCACCAAGCAUCAAUACUAGCCCGGAUCUCGUGGCGCAGCUGUCUGGUUCUCCACCUACUGCAUCCUCGCUUGAAGAUAGACGGUCGAAUGGCGUGCAAAAGGAAGAUCUCAAAGCUYGUGUGCCCGAGCCUGUGAAGUCUUUCGGUCAUCGCUACUUGACUGACGAGACAAUGGUACUCGUAAGUCUUGGCACUCUCGACGAGCACAAGGACAUCAGCCCAAUCAGUCUUGAGAAUAUUGCUAUCUCCGACGCACAUGCAACACAGCUGGACACAGCGUUGUCUUUGGUAGUGUCGGCACAAGGCGCUACAGGAGAACCUACAGUCAUUGAUCUGCCAAUCCAGGAGGAAAUCAGCACCGCGUUCAUGACGUUCACAACCAAAGACACGUCCAAGGUCARGUUGUGCUUUGACCUUGUUCACACGUAUUCUGGCUCCACCAACAAACGCAUCGCUCGUGCUGUGGCAUUGCUCUCCAGUAUUAAGCCUGGCGUGGGUAACAAACGCAUGACACUGCAGACCGAUCUGAGCGUUCCGCUCAUUGGAGGAGCCGACUUCGAUGUCAUUGGGUCUAUCAACUUCAACUUUCUCAUCAUCACACCUUUCACGCACCCCAAUGUGAGCAUCAGCGAAGAGAAGACAUACUGGACCAAAUCUUCAACCAAGGUCAUUGGCCACCGCGGCUUGGGCAAGAACAUGGCGACAAACAAGUCCCUCCAACUCGGAGAGAACACAAUCCAGUCAUUCAUCACGGCUGCCAAUUUAGGUGCUUCAUAUGUCGAAUUCGACGUGCAGAUGACGAAAGACCACGUUCCUGUCAUCUACCACGAUUUCCUCGUCAGUGAAACUGGGGCAGACGUGCCAGUACACACUUUGACUCUUGAGCAAUUCCUCGCACUUAGCGAAACACCGCGGAGCACUCGUCCAUCCUCGCCCGCCGAAGCGAAUGGCAAAUCCGUGAAACCAAAUCCAGAUCCCAGGAGUCGUGUCCAGAGAUCUUACUCUGUGGGCACACCCGCCACUGACGACAACACGAAGAGUAGGAUGAAGCACACACGCGACUUCAAGAUUAAAGGAUUCAAGGGCAACAGUCGUGGCGACUUUAUCCAAUCUCCCUUCACCACUCUGGAGGAGAUGUUCAAGACGAUUCCAGAAGAUGUCGGCUUCAACAUUGAGAUGAAAUACCCAAUGCUGUUUGAGUCAGUGCAGGAAGAAAUGGACACUUAUGCGGUGGAGCUCAACUCUUUCGUGGACACUGUCUUACGCAUGGUGUAUGAUCUGCGAAAGAAGAGGAACAUCGUCUUCUCGUCCUUCCACCCGGAUCUCUGUCUGCUCCUCACUUUCAAGCAGCCCUCCAUCCCGGUUCUGUUCCUGACGGAUGCUGGAUGUUCACCUGUUGGAGAUAUCCGAGCUUCCUCGCUGCAGGAGGCGAUUCGGUUCGCCAGUCGCUGGAAUCUGCUCGGCAUCGUCAGCGCCGCGGAACCAUUUGUUCUCUGCCCGCGUCUGAUUAACGUGGUGCAAUCCUCGGAGCUGGUUUGUGUGUCGUAUGGCACGCUGAACAACGACCCUCAUAAUAGCAAUUUGCAGGCUCAGGCAGGCAUUGACGCGGUUAUCGUGGACAGUGUCGCGCGAGUCCGCAAGGGUUUGACCGAGGCUGCCACGGCCAACGGCGGUGCUGAAGAUGACAGGGUAGUGUCACCGGCUCCCACUGGAGCUAGUGGAGAUGUGGACGGCCUCAUCAAGGAUUUGGAGAACGGUGCUGCUUUGGGUUAA